AUGCAGCAAGCUGAACCGCCAGCGGAGGUGAGCAGCGUCGUAGCCGGGCUGACUCCACGAGAGCCAGAGCUGAAAGGGGGUGACGCAGAGGACGAGAGGCAGAGCUCCAGACAGAAAACCAACUACCCACAGCCCGCUCUGCAGAGAGGCCAGCCCGCGGACCGAGACCACACGAAACGGGAAACAAAGAGCAGCACUCACCAAAACCAUGCCACUGCCCGACAUGCAACCACGAAUCCCCACGAUGGACAGCAUAGCAAAGGGACCCCCACCAUGGCAACACCCCUGCUAAACAGCCACAAGCAUCUGGAGGGAGGGAGAGGGGGCAACCCCCGAUACAUGAACCAGCCUUCGCCCAGAAACACCCGGGAGAAAGCCACAGGAGACCCAUGGUGCAGAAACGCUCAGAAAUGA